UUGCUGUGACUGCGCCGGGGUCGCUGGGCUGCUUGGCAGCGGCAGCACGUGACAGGCAGCUCCCGAGCGCCAGCCGCAGUCCCGCCAGCUCCAGCGCCCCGCGGCCCCGGGCCGGCCUCAGUCCCGCCCGCUCCAGCGCCCGGCUCCCCGCGACAGCCUCAGUCCCGCCCGCUCCAGCGCCCGGCUCCCCGCGGCCCCGGGCCGGCCUCAGUCCCGCCCGCUCCAGCGCCCGGCUCCCCGCGGCCCCGGGCCGGCCUCAGUCCCGCCCGCUCCAGCGCCCGGCUCCCCGCGGCAGGAUGGUGCGGAAGCUGAAGUUCCACGAGCAGAAGCUGCUGAAGCGGCUGGACCUGGUGAGCUGGGAAGCGGCCUCGGGGAACCUGGCCGAGCUGCGGGUGCUGCGGCGCUACCGCCUGCAGCGCCGGGAGGACUACACCCGCUACAACCAGCUGAGCCGGGCCGUGCGGGAGCUGGCGCGCCGCAUCCGCGACCUGGGCGAGGCCGACGCUGCCUUCCGGGCCCGCUGCACGGCCGCGCUGCUGGAGAAGCUCUACGGGCUGGGGCUGGUGAGCUCCAAGCACUCGCUGGAGCAGUGCGAGCGGGUCUCGGCCAGCUCCUUCUGCCGCCGCCGCCUGCCCUGCCUGCUGCUCCGGCUCCGCAUGGCCCAGAAGCUGCGCGACGCCAUCACCUUCAUCGAGCAGGGACACGUGCGGGUGGGGCCCGAGGUGGUGACCGACCCCGCCUGCCUGGUGACCCGGGCCACGGAGGAUUUCAUCACCUGGACCGACUCGUCCCGCAUCCGCCAGCACGUGCUGAACUACAACCAGGAGAGGGAUGACUUCGACCUGGCCUGCUAGGAGGGCAGAGGGCCCCGGGGGGCUGCUGGCUAAUCUACCCCACCAGCCUGGGAGGAGACUCUGGACCCAGAUAUGCCGCCCCUUCAUGCCAGUGGGAGGGGGCUUGGCCUGCAUGUGUUGCCCUGGCCCGGUUGUUCUGUGUACCACCUCCCCUUGCAAAGGGAUUCCUGGGCUCAGAUGGGCCUUAUUUGAUACCACCCACCUUCUCUGUGAAGGGUCUCUCGGCUCACUUGUGCUACCAUGCUUGCUUCCUACCACCUCUUCGUGAAGGGACUCCUGGCCCAGAUGGGCUGAGGCCAAUACCACCCACCUCCAGUAGGAAGGGAUUUCUGGCCAGGGGGGCUCUUAAGCAGAUGUUGUAAGUCACUGUCCCCAAGUCUCUGCCUCCUCUGUGACAUUGUACCCUCCUGCCGCAAAGACCAUUAGCAGAACAGCCAGAAUGGUGUUAUUUUGUUGUCACCAUCAAAGGGCCAU